AGUGUUCAUCAAUAUACACACUUUAGCUUCAUUGCUUCAACCAUGGAGAGUCGGUAUCCCCGGGCCUUCUACUACCUUUAACCGUCGUCUUCUUUAUCUUCUUCUUCGUCCCUCAGUUCACUUAUGCUUCCGAAAAGGAAUACGUUCGACAGCCCCCCGGGUGCAUCAUCUUCACCAAGCAUGGCCGGUCAGAGUCGGAGCCUCAACAGGUGCAUGUUUCGCUCGCCGGUAGCGACUACAUGAGAGUAACAUGGGUUACGGACGACCACGAGGCGCCUUCGACCGUGGAGUAUGGCAUGUCUCCGGGACAAUACAACGCCGUGGCAAGAGGAGAGAAUACUUCCUACACGUUCUUUUUCUACUCCUCCGGCAAAAUCCACCACGUCAAGAUCGGGCCGCUAAAGCCAGGGACGACCUAUUACUACCGCUGUGGUGGUUGCGGCCCGGAGUUCUCCUUCAAAACGCCGCCUUCCACCUUCCCCAUCGAAUUCGUGGUGGUUGGUGACCUUGGGCAAACGGAAUGGACCAAGUCGACCCUAGCGCACGUCGAGAGCAAGGACUACGAUGUCUUCCUACUCCCAGGUGACCUCUCCUACGCCGACUUCCAGCAGCCACUGUGGGACUCCUUUGGCCGCCUAGUUGAGCCGACCGCAAGCCGCCGACCAUGGAUGGUGAACGAGGGCAACCACGAGAUUGAGAUGAUCCCCAUCAUCUACCCCCACGGGUUCAAGGCUUACAAUGCCCGGUGGCUCAUGCCCUACGAGGAAAGCGGAUCUGAAUCCAACCUCUAUUACUCCUUCGACGCUGCAGGCGGCAGCAUCCACAUCAUCAUGCUGGGGUCCUACACCGAGUUCGACUCCGACUCAGCUCAGUACAAGUGGCUUAAACAGGACCUGGCCAAGAUCGAUCGCAAGAUGACGCCGUGGGUGAUUGUGCUACUGCAUGCGCCAUGGUACAAUACAAAUACGGCCCAUCAAGGGGAAGGUGAGAGCAUGAGGAAGGCGAUGGAAGAAUUGUUGUAUGGCGCACGGGUUGACAUCGUCUUUGCUGGCCAUGUUCAUGCCUAUGAACGAUUUACUAGAAUCUACAACAAUAAGGCUGACUCCUGUGGACCUGUGUACGUGACAAUUGGAGAUGGAGGGAAUAGAGAAGGUCUUGCAAUGUCGUACAAGAACCCACGUUCGCCUCUGUCGAUGUUUAGGGAGGCGAGCUUUGGACACGGAAGACUGAGGGUGCUCAACCAUACGCAUGUGCACUGGUCAUGGCACCGCAACAACGAGACCGACUCCGUGAUCGCCGACGAGGUUUGGCUAGAUAGCCUGAGCGCCUCAAGUACUUGCAUGGGACAACAACCAUCUUCACUCAGGGAUGAACUUUGAGCACAAACGUGACCACGAUAGAGAUACUUAGGUUCAGCAUCAGUCAAAUUGCGUGUUUGGUGGGUGUGGGUUGAUAUGUUGAAAGGUCCCAAAAAAUUUAGUCGAAUUGCAUGUUUGGCAAUCUUUCUUUUUCCUUUGAAUUCCUUUGUAGAUACAGUUUCUUGUAAUUAGAUGGGAUUUUCACCCUUUGUCAA